CACGUUUGUCUGCGGGAAUAGAGCCUCUGAUGCUGCCAAGAAAAGUUAAGGCUAUAAUCGAGUAGCCAACUACUUCUUCAUCUCCGUGAGCUUGUAGUUUUUGUUAGCCUUCCGAUAGUUGUAGUUUUUGUUGGCCGAUUGUACGGUCUCAUGCGCCCCCAGUAUGUAACUUUUUUAGUUGUUUAGGUGAUGUAUUCCCUUGUUUAAACGGGCGGUGGCAUAUAGUCCUAUGGAAAAAAAAGAUUGAGGCUAUAACCGAGUAGACCGCGCUUCGCCAAUUGAUUGACUGACUAGACAACUACUUCUACAUCUACGUGAGCUUGCUUGUAGACUUUUGCUUCGCUAGCUAGUACAACUAGUACAGUUCUAAGACGUGCCUGGCAGCAGCUGCGAAGGUACUCCGGAACAAGAGCCGUGGGUCCCAUGCAGCUUUAGUACGAGAUGACAAAGAUGGAAAUCAAGAUGCAAAUAAUGAACAUGCUGGAGCUGGCACUGCUUCCGCAUCUUCUUCAGCACUGUGGAACAAGAACACGGCAACCUCAGCAUCAUCCUCUCCACGACAUCAACAGCAUCUCCAGAGGGGCGAAGGAGAAAGCGCGCCGUACAGCAGAGACGGUUCUGCUGUCUUUGUUCCUCCGAGUGGCACAACGACCAUUCACC